GCAAAGAACGAGUAAGAAACUUGUUUUACGUGCUCGAUCCCGACAGGGGAACGUCGACACGUUGCCCUUCUGUCACCCACUGGCCUCAGAGUGGGUGAUGGGACGGUAAAGAUGGCGUCUGCGGGAUCUGUGUCUGUGAUUUACAGGAGUAGAUGACGACGGUGAUCCCUUUAUCCCCGUAUGACAGCACCGUUUCUACAAUGUACAACUAAAGUAACAGUCGGAAAGGAUUUCUCAAUCUUCAGAGUGCGUGUAUAGAAAGAAGUCAAACACAAAAACAAAGCAACCCAUGGAGGACAUCAACUCCAACAUUAACGCAGACUUGGAGGUGCGGAAGCUGCAGGACUUGGUGAAGAAGCUAGAGAGACAGAAUGAGCAGCUUCGGACCAGGUCCACUCAGCUUACCUCAUCGGGUGGGGUGUCAGCAAGUUCAAGACCCUCCAGCAGCGGCCCCGAACUGCCCCAGUCGCCGGCGGGGUUUCGUGGGGUGGGGUUCGGAGAGGCAAGAGGUUUAGGGGCGUUCGGAAACCCGUCCGUGGAUGAUAUAGGGUACUUUGGGAGGGCAGGUGUGGGCGAUUUGGCCGCCGCUGGCUCAUUGUUCGGGGGGGCCGGGGAUUUUGGCGAAGAAGGAGAGACAACUAUCCUGGACGAGGUGGAAAUCCUGAGUUUGGAAGACACCGGUUGUCUCGACGAAGCGGAGGACAGCUGGUUGCAUCAAUCACCAAAGAAGAAUCCCACCUCAUUGCGGAAGGCUGUUAGUCCACUGGCCUGGUGCAGACAGGUGCUGGAUCAUCCAAGUCCUGAUGUAGAAUCAAGAAAAAGAUCAUUAAUACACAGGCUCGAACAAACCAUGUCAGCAAACAAGAGGAGAAGUCUCUAUGGCAGUUCAUACAACACAACAGCUGGUUACUCGAGCCCUUACAGUCCCAACACAGGGAAUAGCCCGUACAGCAGCGGCUUCAACUCCCCUUCCUCCACCCCACUGAGGAUUCCCAUUGUGAAGCAGCUGGUGUUGCCAGGCAGUUCAGGUAAUUACAAAAGCUCUACUGAAAGGAACCCUCCCAUCAGUCCUCAGUCCUCGGUGGACAGUGAGCUGAGCACCUCGGAGAUGGACGAGGAUUCGGUUGGGUCCGGGUACAAGCUGAACGACGUCACAGACGUGCAGAUUCUAGCAAGAAUGCAGGAGGAAAGUCUCAGGCAGGAGUAUGCUGCCACAGCAUCACGUCGUAGUUCAGGCUCCUCUUGUCACUCCCUCCGGCGAGGCACCUACAGUGACCAGGAGCUAGACGCCCACAGCCUGGAAGACGAAGAGGAGGCCGUCCACCCCGCCUUCCACACCCCCAUCAAUCGCUUCUCCCCGUCACCCCGACACUCCCCACGUCCAUCUCCCCGACACUCCCCCCGCAACUCCCCACGUUCCCGCUCCCCGGCACGGUCCCUAGAGUACAGCCGUGCCUCUCCACAGCCAGGCAUCAGCCGGUUGCAGCAACCACGCCUCUCCUUACAAGGACAUGCCCCUGACAUACAGACUAGUUCUGUCAAGAACGAAGAAAAGCUAAGGCGUAGUCUUCCCAACCUCUCCAGGACAUCUGGUGUCCAGGCAGCAGAGCCUGUCAAAAACAGCAGAAGUUUCGACUCAGAUCUUCAAGUGCCAAAUGGUGGAGCAUCUCGACUUCAACAGCUGCCCUCAGCCACUUUGAAAAGGCACAUAAACAUGCCUUGUUCUUCCCUGAAAGCCAAACCGCUUCUUCAAAGUCCAGCUUCCAAAAGAGUACCUUCCCCCAGCAAACUGAGACCUCCUGCAGCUCCAUCCCCCCUUUCCUUGCGGCAGCCCAUCAAAGCGAUGCUGAACCCUGGGACCUCUUCCCCCACUCCUGCAGGAGCCCCUACCACCCCCACCCGAUCCAUCGGGUCCCGCAGCGGACUCCCGCGGCCCAGCAACUCGGCUGGAGGGGGAGGAGGAGGACUACCAGUGCCUCGCAGUAAACUUGCACAGCCUGUUCGAAGGUCAUUGCCAGCUCCCAAGACAUAUGGUGGUAUGAAAGAUGAAAGCUGGAAAGAAGGCUGCUACUGAACGAGAGACCAUGAAGAGCUCUUAGAAGGCAUUGCUCGCUUCUACAACCUAAGACUUGCGACAGACUGUUCACGUAUGAUUUGCAGGAUUCCUAGAGCUCUGUCAUUUAAUCCGCACAAACUGGCAGAGAUUAUAAAGCCGCACUUUAAUGACAUUCAGAAAUGUUUGUAUUUUUUUGCAUUCAUACAAUCAGUUUCCAUGGAAUUGUAAUUUUUACCCCACCAUACCAUUCAGAACGAUAAAGGCCAGUGUCUGGGAACAAACCCAGUGAAUGCCAAAGAGAAAUGCUGACUUAAAUGAGAACAGUAAAGUCCGGAGGGUUUCAUUCUGCACCUCUAAUCCAGUAUGGCACAUUAAACAAUACAGUACAGGAUUGUGUAUAUUACAUUAUGUUGAAAAGGAGAUCUACUGUACCAUUGCACACAAUAGAAUGGCAAAGAACACUGCAUAAAACCCUUUUUAUAACAAGUCAGUGCAGAAUUGGUGAGUAUUAUGCAAUGGCAACAUUAAUUCUGACCUGUAGCAUUUCAGGGGGGAACUAUAUGUUAGUUGUGUAUUCAACUCAUUCUUUGGUAAGGUUUACAUUGACGUAUCAUCUGAGCGUAUUUUCUAGGGGAUGCCAAAAGGCUUAGGCUUUAUUUCUAGGAUAUUUUGUUUUGGCUCAGGAAAGAGUUACUGGUGUCUUGCCAACUUAUACAUGUUAAGCAGGGCAGGGGACAUUUUUAAGAACAAGUAAAAGUCAGAAACAGGACUUGUCUAUUUAUUCUAUUUUAAACCCAUCACAGUGCUUACACCAUGGAACUGCAUAUUGAAGUUCUGUUAAAACUAUGCACUUGUUUCAUAAUCAUAAGCAUGUGAUUUUGAACCCUGCUGCCUAAUAUAUUGUUGGUACAAUUUAGCGACAUAUCAUGUGGGAAAUGUAUUUGUAACUACAUUAGGACACAGGCACAGUUAUGCUGAAUAUGUUAACCUACAUUGAACUCCUGGUGUGGGGAAAGUUGCCAAGGAGUAGUCGCUUUGUAAACAUUGGAGACUUUUAAUCCUGUUGUAGCAGGACUCCUUUCAUGCAUGAAAAGUGCCUGGCUUGAUUUUAACAUCAUCUUUUUAAUGACCACACCCCACACAUUCAGUCUUAAAACUGCAGAGACAGUUGUGCCUCACUAGCAUGAGGCAUUGAGCAUAGCUGGAAUUAAAUGAAUGCAGUAAAACUGUAACCCAGAUCUAGAGUGCUGUUGUGGAUAUAACUGCAGUUGCUCAAACUGGCAACUUUUUUUAUACUACCAAACACCAACCAAAAACAUGUUUUAUUGUGCUUAUCAUACAGUGUUUUAACAAACAGCUGGUGUCUUGAUUUUACAAGGAACCCACCAAUAAUAAACAGGAGAAUACUAUCUUGUUGCUAAUUAGAACAUAUUCUAUUUUAGUUAUAUGUCAAUAUUUCAGUUUGUAUAAUAUAUUUAUUCAGGUUGCUUAAAGUGUGUUUUUUUUUUUUUUUUUUUGGAAGAUCAAAACCAGAGUAAUAAGAGCCUUGGAUUCAUACACUUCUUAAAUAAACUUUUUAGAAAGGUUCAACCUGUAUAUUUAUAUUUAUUGUUGCAUUGCAGUGACUUUUUGACAGGCAACGCGAGAGCAGCACCAGGGUGGCACUGGAGCGACGCAAAAUAAAUAGGAUUGAACCCUGUUUUUUGCUAUUUGAAACCCGUCAACUAGGGCAUUGAGCAAUCAGAGAACAGCUUCAAUGCACAGGGUCCAGCAGGGUGAAGCAGUAUCCAAAAUUACAGAGGAAAAAAUAAUAUAUGCCGUUGAAAAAAUACCCAGAGCUUUAUGACAAAGGGCAUCACAAUUAUAAAAGAUACAUAUUUGAAAGACAAUAUAUGGGAGUCUAUUUCAGAAGAACUGGAUAAGCCUGGUGUGUAUGAUUUAUUGCCAUAUGUGUUGAAAUACCGUCAGAGAAGACACUCAUCAUGUUGACAGAUAUGUGUACCAGUCUUGAUCAUAGUUUGGUCAAUAGCAAUUUUGAACAGUUGUAUAGAUCUGUCAGUUUUCAAACCUGUCGCAUCACCUCUGUGUCGCUUCAGGUGUGUAUGGUCAUGUCACUGCGAGAGUGUCUCAUCGGCAAUUAAAAAAAAUUGCAUAGUGUCUGGUGUGUGGAGACCUUUAGUUGUGCUAAUUAGUAAUGCAAUAUACCAGUACCACCAACUUGGUCAAUAUGCCAUAAAUAUAUAUACACAUUAACUUACAUUGAUGGGAGUCAUAAAAUGUCAAAAGUGAAAACAAUUAUGAGCACAGUGAUUUGUAAUUUAGUGUGUAUGCCGUUUUAAGUACAUAUUGAGCUGUUAAAUGUGUGGCUUGUUUUAAGAGCAUUGAGCACAAAAAUAAGUUUGUAGACUUUGUUUUGUAUAUGGACCUAUUUGUGAGGACUACAGUCUGUCAAUUGUUUGUUUUUGUUUUCCAAUUUUACAUAUGACUGUAGCUUUCUGGGUGCAGUUAUUAUUGUUUAACAACUACACUACCCUCCACGCCCUGGGCUGCUUGAUUUUCUCAUUGUGUAAGAAAUCAAGGUGGGUUGAGUUGGGUAGGUGCCAUUAGUUUAAUGUAUGGAAAACAAACAAUGGAAAACAUGAAAAGAUAAUAAUAGGUAUACACCAUGGAAGAUGAUGUCAGGAAGCGACUGCAGGUUUUAUAAAAAAAAAAAAAAAAAAAAAAAUAGUGCCUAUGAUUUACAUAACUUACACAGUGACUAUUUUUUUUUUUGAAUGUGCAUUCAUAUUUUUGUGCCAACUGCUUGGGUUUGCCAUUUCAUGUACAUAAACAGUUAAGCUUAAGUUCUGCUUGAGGAAUUAUUUAAUUAUUUUUCUUGUAUUUUUUGUUUGUUUUUGUAAUCGCAUUAAUAAAGUUUUAAAACAGCUCUUAUAAAAAAUAAAAAAAAACAUAAUUAAACGAAAGUAAUGAAUUGGAAUAUGCGGCUUGAUAUUUGAAAGAAAAUUAAAUUGAUUGAUCUAUAACAAAUGUAUUUAUAUUCAACAUUAGUUUUUAAUUCUGCAAGGGUGUUUGGAUUGCUAAUGGCAAAAAAGACACACCAUGGACUUUAUGUAAUAAUUAUUUUAUAUAAUCACCUUUUAUAUAAUCACCAACAAUUAUUUGUCUCCUGUAAAGCCACAUUUCAUAUAAUAAAAUGAAAAAGCAUA